UAUAUAAUAUCUUUACUACUGUUGUGCUUUCAAUACAGAACAAGUGCAGGUGUGUCUCUGUGUGGUCGGCAUCAAUAUGUAGCAUCCAUUCAUGUGCUGGUAUGUGUCUGCAGGGCGUUAACCGGAUGGUGAAGGAUGCUCAAGUGGGACGUGACGGCGUACGGAGGAAAGACUGGCACGACUACGAAGCAAUCAAAAGAGACGCCUCUCGCUCCGGUAAUGGAGAACAGGGGAAGGCGUUCCCCCUCACAGAUUCUGACCGGGUCGAUCAGGCGUACAGAGAGAACGGAUUCAACAUUUACGUCAGUGACCGGAUCUCCCUGAACCGCUCCGUCCCCGACAUCCGACAUCCAAACUGCAAACUGAAGCUGUAUUCAGAGAAGCUGCCCAACACCAGCAUCAUCAUCCCGUUCCAUAACGAGGGCUGGUCGUCGCUGCUGAGGACCGUUCACAGCAUCCUCAACCGCUCUCCUCCACAGCUCAUCGCCGAGGUCAUCCUGGUCGACGACUUCAGCGACAAAGAGCACCUAAAGGCAGCGCUUGAGGAGUACAUGGUGCGGCUGCCGAAGGUUCGUAUCCUGAGGACGAAGAAGAGGGAGGGACUGAUCAGGACUCGGCUGCUGGGAGCCGCCGCCGCUAAAGGAGACGUCAUCACUUUCCUUGACUCUCACUGUGAGGCCAAUGUCAAUUGGCUGCCUCCGCUGCUGGACCGAAUCGCCCAGAACAGGAAGAUCAUCGUGUGUCCGAUGAUUGACGUGAUCGACCACGACAACUUUGGCUAUGAGACUCAGGCGGGAGACGCCAUGCGAGGAGCGUUUGACUGGGAAAUGUACUACAAACGAAUCCCCAUCCCUGCAGAGCUGCAGAAGGACGACCCCAGUGAACCCUUCGAGUCUCCAGUGAUGGCAGGCGGACUGUUCGCCGUGGACAGGAAGUGGUUCUGGGAACUGGGAGGAUAUGACACGGGUCUGGAGAUCUGGGGAGGAGAACAGUACGAGAUCUCGUUCAAGGUGUGGAUGUGUGGUGGUCGGAUGGAGGACAUCCCCUGCUCCAGGGUGGGACACAUCUACAGGAAGUACGUCCCCUACAAGGUUCCUGGAGGGGUCAGUCUUGCCAAGAAUCUGAAGCGUGUGGCCGAGGUGUGGAUGGACGAAUACGCUGAAUACAUCUACCAGCGCCGGCCCGAGUACCGCCACCUGUCGGCAGGAGACAUGACGGUGCAGAAGGAUCUGAGGAACCAGCUCAACUGCAAGAACUUCAAGUGGUUCAUGAGCGAGGUGGCGUGGGACCUGCCCAAACACUACCCACCGGUGGAGCCCCCUGCUGCUGCGUGGGGGGAGAUCCGUAACGUGGGCAGUGGAAUGUGUAUGGAGAGUAAACACUUUGUGUCAGGGAGCCCCAUCCGUCUGGAGAGCUGCAUCAAGGGACGGGGAGAGGUGAGCUGGAGCCAUGGACAGGUUUUUACGUUUGGCUGGAGAGAGGACAUCCGGGUGGGCGACCCCAUGCACACUAAAAAGGUUUGCUUUGAUGCCGUCUCCCACAACAGCCCCGUCACCCUGUACGACUGUCACGGCAUGAAGGGCAACCAGCUGUGGCGCUACAGGAAGGAUAAAAGUCUGUAUCAUUCCGUCAGUAACAGCUGCAUCGACAGCAGCCCGAACGAGCGGCGAGUCUUCAUGAACACAUGCGACCCGUCCUCGCAGAGCCAGCAGUGGCUGUUCGAGAGAACCAACGCCACCGUGCUGGAGCAUUUCAACCAGGGCGCCAACUGAGGCGCUCCAGUGUCCAAGAGAAAAUAACUUUUGACACACGAAGACGCCGAUCUGCUGCUGCUGCUGCUGCUGGGAAAUGGGAUUUUACGUUUCCUCUGGUUUCCUUGUUUACCUGGCGCUGAGGUUUCAGCUGUUUCUCUUCGGGGCGCUCGGAAUGAGGCAGGAUGGGAAACUGUCGGGGGGGUUGGUUAAACACAUCAGUUAGAGGAAAGACUGAGUUGAGCUCUGACUGAUGCGUUUGUGUAUCAAAGUGACUUUGUGCGUUUGUUGUACCACAGCGGCGCCGUGGCACCGGGUCUGUCUACUUCCUGAUUUUGCUGUUGAUUAGUCGUUUCACGUUCCUCUCCUCUCUAUUCUCUUCUGUUUAUUUCUUUAUCCAUCUCCUCUCCCUCUGUUUUUCCUCCCUUGGUUUUCACCUCUGUCCAUCCACGUUUAUCCUCUGUGUCCAUUUCUUUCCCCCCUCUUGUCUCCGCUGAUCUCCCUCAGCCUGCACGUCCGUCUCUAUCUGCCUGCAUGACUGCACCUUUGCCCACCUUCUCCAUUGUCCCUCUCAAAUCCCCUCAUGUCUCUGCAGCUCUGACAACCUCCCUGGAGGGGAGGGGAGGGGAGGGGAGGCCAAAGUCAUCGUGACACCUGGGUGAAGCCAGGCAGAACCACUCUGAAAAUCACCAGGUGAACUGAUUCUCCCUUAUCCACCCUCUGUUCCCCUCCUCCCUCCCUCCCUCCCUCCUCCGCCCCUCGGCCUGAGACUCUCUCGGCUCGCUCUCCUCCUGUCUUUGGAUGUGGGCAGCCGCAGCUUUGAAUGUAGCAGGUGGAAGUUGACAAAGAAAUAAGGAGAUUUGCCUCCUUCCUCGCUCCUUUUCCUCCUCUUUCCUCGCUGUAUUUAUCGAUGGAUUGUUUGUCGCUGUGCCACAUUCUAUUGUUCCUCCGAGGCGAGCGCUCAUCUUAACACCGGGGUUUAUGCAAGUGGACCAUUAGUGGCGAAGGGCUUGUUUGUUGUUGCGGUUGUGAUGGGGGGGGGGGGGGCAGGAGCUGCUGUCACACCGACUCUCUGCCUCGCCCUCUCUGCUCCGAGCUCAGUCGCCCAAACGACCUCGUCACAGACGGCCGAGCACGGGGUCACGUCCGCUGGUGGCUUGAUAACCAGCUACGUGACCGGCAGGCCAGCUGAUCCACGGCAGGGCCAGCUGAUUGGCCGGUUGCCGAGCUGACACAUCACUUUAGCGAACAGAGAGACGGACGGUUUGGGCUCCGGGACUGAGACGGAUGUGAGGCUUUAAAAUGCAUAAAGCACUUGUGUCAUGAUAAACUUGAAUGAAAUCUUAGUGCCUUGUUGGAAGAGGACUUGGUGUGUGUGUGUGUCUGUGUGUGUAUAUGUGUGUGUGUCCAGAAAAGCGUAGGAAACAAUUCAAGGAAAAACUGGAAUCUUUAUCCAGAGACGUCUCCUCCCGACUCGUCGGAGCAGAACCGGAGUUAAGGGACGUGAAGGCACCGCAGACUGUUUUAAACAAACGUGUGUAACUGCUGGCUGUGAAUAGAGCUAAAAAAAAACUUUUCUUCUCCAUCAUACUUUCUCCUGCCUUGAACUACAGCCCUGAGAAGACCUCUGUUAUAUUUCAAUCACGAUGCUGUGUUUGCUUUUAUUUUUCCACUUUUACAAUCCAAAGUCUUUUUUAUGGGAAAGGGAAUUAUUGUUGUUUUCCACCUGUUUGAAUCCCUGUUGUUUUUUUUUAAUAAUUUAAUGUUCCGUCCCCUGCACCCACUCUCUCAUCAGAUGUUAUAGAGCAGACCUACACCAUGUACACGUUGUCCCGCCUUUUAAUAAUCAGAUUCAGGUUUUGUGCUGUGGUAGAUUUUUAACCAAAACCAAAAAGACGCAUCUUUUAACUAUCCUUAGUCAUUAGAUUUUUAUGUUGUCGUAACAUCUAGUUUUCACACAUUAAGUCUAAUAAAAGUGAAGAUAGGUGUUCUAUAGAAAAUGUGGAUUUCACAUUUUAUCAUCAAUUCAAAUAUUCGUCAUUAUCAAGAUUUUGCAUCACAAACCUGAAUUAACACAAAUCCCAGUUGAACACUUGGAUUAGAGUAGAAUUGAUGUUAUUAUACCAGUGAGUAGAAGAAAGACGUCUCUUCGUAGUGAUUCAAUAAUUUGACUUUAAAGGUCUUUGCACACUAUUAUCUUUCAAACCUGUAUCGUUCUCAUCAGCGACAGAAUUUCCCUGAGCUUUUAUUAAGUUUGUCUUUCUCAAGAAAUAAACUGUUUGAUGUACGUCCUGAAAUAAGUCGUGAAGCUGCUGCGAUAAAGUUGAACCAGUGAAACUCACCACUUUCUCCCGUCUUCAUAAAUAUUGGUUGUAGAAGUAUAUUUCAUCAUUUUUUCUUUUUAUUAUAUUCUUUAUUGCUUGAUGCUGAUCCCCUCUCUCUCUCUUCUCGAGGCAAGAUUUUAAAAUCCUCGUUAUUUAUUCACUAAAUCACGUCAUAAUAUUCUUCAGAUGUGUCGUCAGUUUCAUCAGACGUCAGUUUUAAUUAACGAAAAGUAAUUCAUCAGUUUUAACUCUUCCCCGGUGCUCACUCCGUAACUUCACUUUCUCUCGCCCUUACCUCUUUGACUUUCACACUCCGCCGCAACUCGCACAUGUUCACUUUGUAAAGAGAUGAGUCACUGUCUCAGACCACUGCUGUAGCCUUGUUUCCAUGACGACAGCAACACGUCUGACCUUUUCACGCCCCCUGAUCUCGAACAUUUCCUACGUUUCCUCUUUACUUCAACACUUAGUCACGGUGACGGUGUUUUAAAAUCAUUUUGGGAUCAUUGGUGCAUUCUGGGCGGUUUCAAUCACUUUAUUUUGAAGGAUGAUUCACAUAUUGUACUGGUUUAUAUACGAGGGUCGAAAUAAGAUUCUGGUUUAAAUAUCGUUAUUUAUCUGAAAGAGUUUUUUAUCGAUAACAUCUGAUUUGCUCGGACUCCACUGAGCUCAUGUCACAGAGUUUGACAAAUGACUUAUCGACCAUAAUGCAUUUUAAUUUAACGUAUAAAGAGUUGACAGAAGAGUCAAAUCAGGGGCCAAAUGGGAUAAAAGACGACAAAUUGAUCAAUAUUAUCUAAAGAGUCAGAAAAUAAUGACCUGUAAUGUGAAAGUGAUUUUCUGCAGACAAUCAUUCUGCAGAUUUCAGUCUUAGUUUCCUUUUCAUGCAUCAUUUCAGACACUUUCUUAAAAACUUGGCUCCAUGUAGAAAUGUUCCCAAAUUAACAGGGACUCCAUUACAAGUCGUUAGUUUGUAAACUGUUGUGAUGAUCUGGUCCAAAGGGUUCAGAGCAACAUGAUGUGAAAUUAAAUCAAAUUAAACAAACCACCAUCGCUUUUCAUUUUGGUUUUACAAGACAUUAAAAAAUAAAUACAUUUCUGUCCAGAGACAGAAGUUGAAUUUCUGGAGGAUCCUCAUUCAGCUUAUUUUAUCUUUCUGUUGAUCAUGUCAAGUUCUGUUACGUCAUGUAUGUUUGUUCUUUCUCCCCUUCUUCCCUUUGUGGUUAAUUAUUAAAAACAUCAUUACUGUGGCUCCUUUAUAUGAAAUAUAAUUAUUUUAAUAUCCACUAUGAUUACAAACGUAUUUUCCUGUGAUAUCGAAAUACAUUUUUUUCCCAUCAUGUUGUAAAAAUCAGUUAUUUUCUAAGAGUAAAAGGUUUUUAAUGUCCAGCAUAGGCCAGCUACACAACAUUGUGUACAUGUGUGUUUGUGUAGGGACGUGUACAUUUUGUAUCUCAUGAAAAGAAAAGAUCCAGUAUUUUUUUCUACUGACAUUGCAACUGUAAAAGUGUAUUUAGAUAUUUAACAGACUGUAUGAUCAAACUGGAAUUGUAUGAUAUUUUUUCUGGACAUUGUAAAA